UUUACCUGUAGCAUUUCAUUUGACAGGAAUGUUGUUUCCAUGCCCCAACAUGCAGGCUAGAAAAACACGUUUUUCUAUUGCAGGAAUUUACCUUUUGCUUGUGGCUGCAGAAGAUCUGGUAGCAGUAGACAACAUGGAGGGAUAUGCAACCAGUUCUAAGAAACUCAUUCGUCAGUCCCAGGCUCUGUGUGCUGGCGAACAGGAGUAUGUUCAUGAGAGGAAACAAGUAGUUCUGGAGUCACUCAACAGCCUGGGAAUCAACUGCACUUCAGAUUCAGUUCCCCACAUCACUUGGUUGGCAUCAGGUGGAGGUCAGAGGGCAGCUGUGGGUCUGUUAGGUUCCCUCUAUCAGAUGAAAAAGGAAGGUCUUGUGGACACGCUGCUCUACCUGGCAGGAGUUUCUGGAUCAACAUGGUCCAUGUCUUCCCUGUACAUCGACCCUCAGUGGAGCGCAAACAUGGAGGAGCCAGUGUCGAGGCUAUCAGGUCCUGGGGUCGAGCUGGAGGAGGCUCUGGCCUGGUUGGGCGAGAUGGCAAAGGAGGAGGACUUCUCUCUAAGUGAUAUUUGGGGGGUCUUCACCUCUGCUGGGAUCAUGAAACAGAUGGAAGCACGACGUCUUUCAGAUGAGGCGAGCAGAAAUGCCACCAACCCUUACCCCAUCUACUGCGCCAUAGAGAAGCACUGCUUUUCAAACGGGCCAAUAGAAGGGAAAUGGUUCGAAGUGAGCCCUCAUGAGGCUGGUUUUACAGAGUUGGGUCUCUUCCUUGAAACUUCGCUCCUGGGCAGCAAAUUUCAGAGUGGAGAGCUGCUGGAGAGGAAGCCACCGAUGGACAUGGUCAGACUACAAGGUGUCCUAGGUUGUGCGCUGGCUGAUGAGAAGACUAUCAGAGAGGUCAUCCCUCCCUGGCUAAAUGUGCCUGGACAUGUAGAUGGUGCUGGUGAAGUUUACCUCAGGGUACACAGUGAUCUUCAUAAACUAAUAGCCCUGACCAGAAGCACCAUCAAGGAUCCUACUGCUCUGUCUGACCUAGACAAGCUGCAGAAAAUACUAGAAGACAAGGUAAAUUAUAAUGAGUCUGCGUGGCUGGAGUCAAAGAGCUUGGAGGAAAGAAAGAGUCUCUCUGAGCAGUGGAGUCUGGAGCUGCUGGCGGCAGUAGAGACCUGGAGCCAAAGUCUGGAGGAUGGAGCUUUUAAAACACAUGUCUCUCUGCUUACUAAGCAUGUUCUUCCCCUGAUUGUGAAAUGGGAGUGGGGAACUACCAGAAACUUCCUCUACCAAUACCAGGCAGAUUCCACCAUUCCACCUUGCCUCUUCAGUAAUGAGAGAUUCCACCUAAUAGACGCCGGGCUGCUGAUUAACGUAGCCUACCCUUCAUUUCUGGGAGACAAGAGAGACAUUGAUCUCAUCAUCGCACCAGAGUACAGCGCUGGAGACAUGUUUGAGACUCUGACUAUUGCCAGAGACUACGCAGCUGCGGUGAAGAAGCCUUUCCCAGAGAUAGACGCCAGAAUCCUGGAGGAGAAAGACUGGCCAAAGGACUGCUACGUGUUCGAGGGAAAAGGGAAGGAGCCCUCGAUCGUUUACAUGCCGCUGUUCAACAGGAAAAACUGCAAAGAUGCAGAGGAGUUCAAAGCAAAAAUGAAGGAGUUCUCCACCUUCCAGCGUCCCUUCAGCCAGGAGAAGACUGAGUCCCUGUUGGAGAUAGCGAAAGCCAACAUAAAGAACAACAAGGAAACUCUGCUGAGGGAGAUUAACAAGGCUGUCCUCCACCGACGCAGCAAGAGGAAUGCUUUGAGGCUGGAGUGAACUAGAAUCUGUGGUUUCUUCAUGUUCAUCAGUCAGACACAGAGCCCAGCCACAGGAGGCAGAGUAUAACCCAACUACCACACGAUCAUGCAAUGUGACUGCAUGUCAUCAUAUCUGCUGAAAUAAUUGUGGUGUUGUAUUUUUGGACUGACACUAUAUAUAAACAUCAGUUAAAUCUCUGACAGUACAUGUCUUCUUUUACUUUUAUUGUUGUUAGGGAUUUGGUUUUGAGUUCAUGUUUUUUUGUUCUGUCAUGGUUUGGGGUUUUCUGUUUCUUCUUUGUAGCCUUGUUUAUUCUUUUGUUCAUGUUUAGUUCUCUUAGUACCUGUCUUGUAUCUUAGUUUUAGUCGUUUAUUUUGGUUUUGUUUGUUCAUGUCUUUGUAUUCACUCCUGCUUCUGUGUUUGUAUUAUUUUGGUCUUGUCUGCUUUGUGUUCUCUUUUUAUCCUAGUCUUAGUCUGUUCCUUGUUAGGUUAGGUUAGCUUUUUUGUAUUAUUUAGUUUUCUGUCUGCUAAGUGUUGGUUUGUGUUCUCUGUUUGGUGAUACUUUAUCUGAUAGUGUUUAGUCUUGAGUGCUUGUUUCCUGUUUGUCUUUUGAUGUUCAGUUUGUGUUUCUGUAUUUUGGUCUGGACCUGUCUGUUCCCCUCGAUUGGUUUGGAUUGGAUUAUCUUUUGUUUGGAUUUACCUUUGUGCUCUUUGGAAGCCGGUUUUGGUUAAGUUUAUUGUUUUAAUAAAUAUUUUGGACUGCA